AGAGCAUUUUAUAAAAAAUUAAUAAAAGAUUUUAGAUUUUCCUUGAGAACUCCAGAAUCAACCUCGAUUGCUCGCAUGAUGGGUUUUAACAAAGAAAACGUUAAACAGUUUUUUACGGUCUAUAAAGAAUUAAAAUUAACACACAAUUUUGCAGCUAUUCGCAUUUACAAUUGUGAUGAAACUGGAAUUUCAACAGUUCCUACAAAAAAUCCUAAAGUUUUAACACCAACAGGAAACAGAAGAGUCAUUAAAAUUUCAUCGGCAGAACGAGGAAUUAACGUCACAGCUUUAUGUUGUAUUAGUGCUGUUGGUACGUAUGUUUUUCCGUUUUUAGUAUUUCCAAGGGUAAGAAUGCAACCUUCUUACUUAAAUGGACUUCCACCAGGUUCCAUUGAAGUAGCCCAUCAGAGCGGUUGGAUGAAGACUGAAAAUUUUACAAAAUUUCUUGAACAUUUCAUUAAUCUUGUGAAAUCAAAGG